GUCGAUUCUAUUCCGUACAAGCUCCAGAAACUUCUUUGUACCUACAUACCUACGGAAUACCAAUGUUCUGCAUAACUGCUUACAGGUACACAAUAAACCUGCCUACCAAUUUGAUAUCUGUGUUCUUAGCCUGAUACUUCCACUUCUAAAUAAACUAUACUCGUUGGUGGUUGGAAUCAAAAUGGCCUUACAAGCCUAUAGAGGUCUCCUCCGAGCAGCGAGGAUAGCUUUUCAAGGCGAUGAACGAGUCCUAACCGCAGCACGGGCCUCUAUACGUGAAAGUUUCCAAGUCAAUGCCUCGCUAGAGUCUACGGAUCCCGAGUUACCGGGCGCCAUCAAGCAUGCUGAAGAAGUCGCCGCCAUUUUACGACAGAAUAUAGUGCAGGGGAAGAAAGACGGCGAAACAUAUAAGCUACGGAUACACAAGGAUACGGAACGUGGCGACAACGAUACAGUCAAGUUCCCGAAUGGUCAGACAGUGAAAAUCGAUGGGAAGACGUGUGCCGAUAGGUGACACAGACAAUGAGGCUAAAUCCUGGAAGUCUUGUAUUAUAUCAUGAUACCCAUAGUGUACCAACAAACAUCAUAGCCGCUGUCAAGUGGU